GUCCGCGGCGGCUUUGGAGGAGUUAAGGCCGUCCUUCCACUCAGGAGCAUUAGUCACACCUCCUUAAUUUUCCCACCGACUGUGACGGAAUCAGGUCCGGUUAUAAAGGAGGCACCUGUUCACUGGGAGCCAGAGAGGAGAGGACGGAGCGAGAGACGGUCUUUACUCAGAGGAACAGAAGAAGAAAAUGAACCCAAACAUCCCAGUCUGCUCCUUAUUCCUCUGGUUGUUGUCUCUAAAUGUCACGGGAGGAAGCCCAGUCUCUGACCUGCAGACUUUGAAGCGUCUUCUAGAAGAGGAGAUCCUCGCUGCUCCCUUCUCCUCCUCCUCCUCCUCCUCUUCUCUGGAGGACAUGGAGGUGCAGAGGAACGAGAGGAAGGACCAGGAGCCGGACCUGGAGUCGGUCCUGAUGGACCCGGAGGAGCGUCCGUGGGACCCGUCCGACGCGUCCGACCGCAGUAACUCGGCCCUGGGGGACAAGCCCGGCCUCCUGGAGCGUCUCCUCAAGGAGCUGACGAGGACAACCAAGCGCUCCUGGGGACGCUACAAGAAGGGAGGAAUGAGGAGCUGCUUCGGGGUCCGGCUAGAGAGGAUCGGCUCCUUCAGUGGGCUGGGCUGCUGAAGGUAACUUCCAUCAGUGCGACCACAGCUGACCCCCCCAGGUGUGUGUGUGUGUGUGUGUGGGUGGGACUCCUCCCUCCUCUGCCGUCCAUCCGUCCGUCCGUCCGUUCGUCCACCUCGUCUGUUUUCGUAUAUGAGCUGUUAAAUAAAUAACUUAUUAUAAACGUAUUUAUUCUUUCUCUUGUUGCCUUGUAAUGGAUUGUACUGCAGUAAAAAGAGUUAUUUUGCACAAAGCUGCGUCUGGAGUUUCACUUUUCUUUCUGAAAGCAGCUGAAUAUUUACACGGGAAUUCAUUUCCUCAUACACACCGACCGACGUCACGCUUCAAUAUGCACGUCAAUCAAAAUGCAAAACUUUUAUUUAAAGAUAAGUGCAAAAAAAAAAUA